AGUCACUUUACUGUGUGUUGUGUCAUACGUCUGUUUUUCUUGGAACAUGAGCUUUUCUUCUCUGCACACACAAACCCACCCAUGCACUCAUCGAAUCUCUCUCCCUAAACCCCAUUUCCCUGUUUUGUUUUAGGGUUUUCUUUUCCCUUUUCUUCAAUCUUUUCCCAUUCUCGCUUUCUUCUUCACUCCUCUGAUUAUCCUGUCUCCUACCCGAAAAAGUUCUCACGUUCCUCCGGGAACAUCCCGAAAACACACGCUUUCUCUUUCUGAGUUUCCUUGAUCAGAUCAUAAAUGUCCUGAUUUUUCUUUUGGGCGUCUGAUUUGGAGUUUACUUUCUUUCUUUCCAUCUGUCUCUCUUUCUUUCUUCUUCGUGGAUUAUUCCUAUCUUCCGGAAUUUCUCAUGGAAUACCUUCCUCUCUUUCUCCCUUUCUCUCUCGAGCGAAAGUGAAACCCACACGAUGAUUCUCUUCAUCUCAGAACCUUAAUUCUCUAUAUAAACAGGCGCUGGACUUCUUUUGCUUUCUGGAUUUUGUUAAUCUUCAUCCCUUUUGUCUGUUCUGAGGUUCUAAAUUUCUGCUUCUGAAACCCAUUUGUUGCGAACAGCUACGAGUUCAAUGGCCGCAAUGUUGGAUUUAACACGUACCUAUUUCUCCAUUCUCUCCAUUCCGCGAAGCUUCUGGUGCUGAUUGUUUUGAGUUUUCCUGUUAGAGCUUUUAUCAAACGCCUGGCCUGCAAUUAACCACUUGCAUUUUUGCUCAUUUUCCCUUUUCUGCGACAUGGGUUGUGUUCAUGGAAAGUGUUGCAGUCGCUACCCAUCAUCAUCGGAUGGUUAUUCCAGCGGGAACGAAGAAGCUGGUCCCUAUAGUAGUGCGAGAGGUAAAUACCUAAUCACUCAGAGAAUGCUAGAGACUCUUUCUGUUCCUUCACGUGACUUCAGGCUAGAGUACUCUGUUUUAUCACAUCGUGGUUACUACCCUGAGUCGCCAGACAAGGAAAAUCAAGAUAGUUUCUGCAUCAAAACACAGCUUCAAGGUAAUCCAGAUAUUCAUUUCUUCGGUGUUUUUGAUGGGCAUGGUCAGUUUGGUGCACAGUGUUCAAAUUUCGUUAAGGAUAGGCUGGUUGACAUAUUAUCAAAUGAUCCCAAUUUAAUUGCUGACCCCGUGAAAGCUUAUAGUUCCGCAUUUUUAAGGACAAAUGACGAGCUGCAUAAGAGUGAGAUUGAUGAUAGCAUGAGUGGGACGACUGCGAUUACAGUUAUUGUUGGGGAUGUUCUUUAUGUUGCUAAUGUAGGUGAUUCAAGGGCUGUUGUUGCGUUGAAGGAAGGGAAUAGAAUUCUUGCUCAUGACAUGUCUUAUGAUCAGACACCGUUUAGGAAAGAUGAGUAUGAAAGAGUCAAGCUCUGCGGCGCACGGGUUUUGAGUGUAGAUCAAGUUGAAGGGCUAAAGGAUCCUAAUAUUCAGUCAUGGGGAGAUGAGGAGAGUCAAGGUAGUGAUCCUCCGAGGUUGUGGGUGAAGAAUGGGAUGUAUCCCGGGACUGCAUUUACAAGGAGUGUAGGAGAUAGCACGGCUGAGAAUAUUGGUGUCACUGCUGAACCAGAGGUGACGGUUCUUAAUCUCACAUCGAAUCAUUUGUUCUUUGUUGUUGCAAGUGAUGGAGUUUUUGAAUUCCUUCCAAGCCAAGCUGUUGUUGACAUGGUGGCAAGAUAUCCAGAUCCACGGGAUGCAUGUGGUGCAGUUGUUGGAGAGUCAUACAAGUUAUGGUUGGAGCAUGAAAACCGUACAGAUGAUAUCACAAUCAUCGUUGUACAGAUUAAAGACUUGGCUAAUUUAGAUGCCAGUGCUCCAGACGGAACAAACCAGAUCACCAUGAGAUCAGCUAUUUGGAGGAAAGGAAAGGGAACUCCGGAGGCAUCCACUAACUCUGGAUCUGAACUUUACCGCUCGGUAAGAAGUGAUUUUUCAGAGAACCAACAGUCUUUGCAGCACAGCCUUUCAGGGAAUCGAGGUUCGGCAAUUGUUGUUCUACCACCUAAGCAGCAGAUACAUUCGGAGUUGGAUGCAGGAUAGUGGUGUCUCCAGCAAGGAGAAGCAACUACUUGUUCGACAAUCUGCAUUAUGAUCAGAUUACUUGGAAACUCAAGUCUUUGUAUUUAUACUCUUCAGGAUCGUAACUGGAAGUAUACUCUGCUAACAACAGAAUACGCAUUUAGAGAAGGCUACUCUCCAUGCCAAGGCAGUCUUGAACUGCUAAUCGAAAACGAAGAGGAGGGGAGUGGAAAAAAAUUGGAGAGGCUCCAAGAGAUUCUGUCAGGAAGCCAAGAACCAAUGAUCUUGACAUGUAACUGUAGAAAAUUAUUUCUCUAUGUCAAAUUGGGAAGCAUAUUUUUCAUCAAUGAAUUUCUGUAGAGUUCAAGAACAUGUUGAACCUUGGUUGUAAUGAUAUCUCCAAUAAUAUCUUGGAGAGGUAAUGAAAUUGCAUUAUCAGCCUGUUUCCUCUGAUAAAACCCA